GUUCCCGAGCACGGCGAGGGCUGCAACCUUGUGAGUGUGGAUGGGCGGCGGCAGCGAGGAAGCAGCGGCUGCAGCUCCCAGCUCUCAGCUCUCUCACUCUCUCACCCAGCAUGUGACAGCACCCGGCUGCUCUGCUACUUCUGAUCCUCGCUUUUAACACCCGGAGGGUCAAAACCUAAAAAGUCAACCUACGGCCGCGACCUGAUGCAACUAGGAAUAGGUGCUUGACUGAGAGUGCAGCAAGCACUCACAACAUUGAGCACAACAUUGGUCUCACUGCCCACCUACGUUCAGGUGUACAGGGCAAAGCGAAGAGAUUUCUAAAGAAAGCAAAUUUUGUUUUCAAUCAGCUUCCUGGAAAGGCAGACAGAAAGAAACACAAAAAGAACUUGUUUGUUGUACUUGAGACCCGGACUUAAAAGAAGAAUCAGAACAGGCUAUCAGGACUUUAAGCAUUUUGGUGAUAGCCAAGAUUUGGUGUGCUUUAACUAGGGCGAGUGUGAUCUUCCUCCCACCCCAAACCCUCGCUGAUCCUCAUGACUGUCAGUGACAGCUUGAUGGAUGCUUGAAAGGAAAUCAAUAUCUGGCGUUGUAUGCGGCGCCGUCUGUUGGAUCAUCUCGCCUGUUGUGGUCGAACGAUCCGAAGCUAUUCGGUGACAAGAUAAUUCAUUUGGUUUGGCUGCAUUCGUUCACAACCCGGAGCCUCCUACGGCGGUGAUAGAAAAGGCGCUGUUGAUACGUGUUAUUGUCUGGGAACUGGUCUCGGUGAGUUUGCAGGCAUUGUUGCAACCGCUGUUCUGCAAAUCUCCGCACAACCAAAGCACUGGGGCAGAAAGAAAAAGAAAGUUGGGAGAAGAGGAGGUCGGUGGCGCUCGGAAAUAGGAUCUUGAAAAGAACCAUUCGCAUCUCAUUCAUCUUCGGCUUACGUUUUUAAACGUUCCGUGUGCGUGUGUUUUAUUUUAACUCGAACUUCACCCACUCUCGAUGGCAGUGAUGAGUGGGUUUAGAUUUUGGAGGAUUUUCUUGCGGUUUCUCCUUGUGAUCGGGACGAGCACUUGGGAAGAAGUUGCUGGGCAAGUUUGCCCGAAUCGCUGUACCUGUGCCGGGACGGCGGUGGAUUGCCACGGGCUGGGGCUGCGUUCUGUUCCCAAAAGCAUUCCCAGGAAUACCGAGAGGCUGGAUUUGAAUGGGAACAACAUCACAAGAAUCACCAAAUCGGCCUUUUCAGGAUUAAGACAUAUGCGAGUUCUACAGCUCAUGGAAAACCAAGUAACUACUAUUGAACGGGGAGCUUUUCAGGAUCUAAAGGAGCUGGAGAGACUUCGCCUGAACAGAAAUAAUCUGCAGGUCUUGCCCGAGUUGCUUUUCCUGGGAACUCCGAAGCUCUACAGACUUGACUUGAGUGAAAACCACAUUCAUGCUAUUCCGAGAAAGGCCUUCCGAGGAGCUGUUGACAUAAAGAAUUUGCAACUGGAUUACAACCAGAUCAGCUGCAUCGAGGAUGGUGCGUUCAGGGCUCUGCGUGACCUGGAAGUGCUCACUCUUAACAAUAAUAAUAUCUCUCGACUCUCAGUGGCAAGCUUCAACCACAUGCCGAGGCUUAGAACCUUCCGCCUCCAUUCGAACAACCUGUUCUGCGACUGCCACUUAGCUUGGCUCGCUGAUUGGUUGCGGCAGCGCCCACGGGUUGGGCUUUACACCCAGUGCACGGGUCCUGGUCACCUGAGGGGUCACAAUGUUGCUGAGGUACAAAAGAAGGAGUUUAUUUGCUCUGGCCACCAGAGUUCGACAGCGCAGUCCUGCAGUGUCCAUUCAAAGUCCUGCCCAGCUGUCUGCACAUGCAGCAACAGCAUCGUGGACUGUCGUGGCAAGGGCCUCACGGAGAUAUCAAGCAACCUUCCAGAAAGCAUCACUGAAAUACGUCUGGAGCAGAACUCAAUCAAGUCCAUUCCCCCCGGGGCCUUCUCACCCUACAAGAAGUUGCGAAGAAUAGACCUGAGCAACAACCAAAUCUCUGAAGUCGCACCAGAUGCUUUCCAGGGACUGAGGUCACUCAACUCUCUCGUGCUCUAUGGAAACAAAAUCACAGAGCUGCCAAAGGGCCUCUUUGAGGGCCUCUUCUCUCUGCAGUUGCUCUUGCUGAAUGCCAAUAAGAUUAACUGUCUCCGAGUGGAUGCUUUUCAGGAUCUCCAUAAUCUGAACCUCCUCUCCUUGUAUGACAACAAGCUACAGACCAUCGCCAAAGGCACUUUCGCUCCUCUGCGUGCUAUCCAGACAUUGCAUUUGGCUCAGAACCCAUUUAUUUGUGAUUGCCAUCUGAAAUGGCUUGCGGAUUAUCUCCACGCCAAUCCCAUUGAAACGAGUGGUGCUCGCUGCACUAGUCCUCGCCGCCUGGCAAACAAGAGGAUCGGGCAGAUCAAGAGCAAGAAGUUCCGCUGCUCAGCAAAAGAACAGUAUUUCAUUCCAGGCACAGAGGAUUACAGAAACAAACUCAGUGGAGACUGCUUCAUGGAUCUCGCUUGCCCUGAAAAGUGCCGGUGCGAAGGAACCACUGUGGACUGCUCCAAUCAAAGACUAACUAAAAUUCCUGAUCACAUCCCUCAGUAUACAGCAGAGUUACGUCUUAACAACAAUGAAUUUACAGUGCUGGAAGCUACCGGGAUCUUCAAGAAACUCCCUCAGCUUCGCAAAAUAAACUUGAGCAAUAAUAAGAUUACAGAUAUUGAGGAGGGUGCAUUUGUGGGUGCUUCAGGUGUGAACGAAGUCCUUCUAACCAGCAAUCGCCUGGAAUCUGUGCAUCGUAAAAUGUUCAAAGGACUGGAUAGCCUUAAAACAUUGAUGUUGAGAAGCAACAAAAUUAGCUGCGUCAGCAACAACACAUUCACAGGCCUGAGCUCUGUACGUCUGCUAUCACUCUAUGACAAUCAAAUCACUACCAUUUCUCCAGGAGCGUUCGAUACCCUUCACUCUCUGUCCACACUAAACCUUCUGGCAAAUCCUUUUACCUGCAACUGUUACCUGGCCUGGUUGGGAGAGUGGUUGAGAAAGAGGCGCAUUGUGACUGGGAACCCUCGCUGCCAAAAGCCUUAUUUCUUGAAGGAAAUUCCUAUACAAGAUGUAGCAAUCCAGGACUUCACAUGUGAUGAUGGAAACGAUGACAAUAGCUGUUCAACACUUGCCCGCUGCCCUGCGGAAUGUUCCUGUCUGGACACUGUGGUUCGUUGCAGUAACAAGGGUCUCAAGGCCUUACCCAAGGGGCUCCCCAAAGAUGUUACAGAACUGUACCUGGAUGGAAAUCAAUUUGUGAUGGUGCCCAAAGAACUCACCAACUACAAGCAUUUGUUACUUAUUGAUCUAAGUAACAACAGAAUCAGCACAUUGUACAACCAGAGUUUCAGCAACAUGUCAGAGCUACUAACUCUGAUUCUCAGUUAUAACCGGCUCAGAUGUAUCCCAGUUCGUGCCUUUGAUGGUUUGAAGUCCCUGCGUUUAUUGUCAUUGCAUGGAAAUGAAAUAUCGACAAUUCCUUUGGGAUCUUUCAAUGACCUCUCAUCAUUGUCACAUUUGGCCCUUGGUGCAAACCCACUGUACUGCGACUGUAACAUGCAGUGGCUGUCCGACUGGGUCAAGUCAGGCUACAAAGAACCAGGCAUAGCUCGCUGUGCUGGUCCUGGUGACAUGGUCGAUAAGCUCCUUCUCACCACUCCAUCGAAGAAGUUUGAAUGUCAAGGGCCGAUUGACAUCAACAUACUAGCUAAGUGUAACCCUUGCCUUUCCAACCCAUGUAAAAAUGAUGGCACUUGCAAAAAUGACCCAGUGGAUUUCUACAGGUGUACCUGUCCUUAUGGAUUCAAGGGACAAGAUUGCGAUGUUCCCAUUCACGCCUGUGUUAACAGUCCUUGCAAAAAUGGUGGAACAUGCCAUCUUAAAGAGGGAGAGAAAGAUGUCUUCUGGUGCUCAUGUUCCGAUGGAUUUGAAGGUGAGAACUGUGCGGUGAACAUUGAUGACUGUGAGGACAAUGACUGUGAGAACAAUUCCACCUGCAUUGAUGGGAUCAAUAACUACACCUGCCUCUGUCCACCUGAAUACACAGGUGAGCUAUGUGAAGAGAAAUUGGACUUCUGUGCCCCGGAGCUGAACGCUUGCCAGCACGACUCCAAAUGCAUCAUGACUGUCAAGGGAUUCAAAUGUGAAUGCACACCUGGCUAUGUCGGUGAACAUUGCGACAUUGACUAUGAUGACUGCCAGGAGAACAAGUGUCAGAACAGUGCAGAGUGUAUCGAUGCAGUCAAUGGGUAUACCUGCAUUUGCCCAGAAGGCUACAGUGGUCUGUUUUGUGAAGUGUCGCCUCCGAUGGUUCUACCUCGCACUAGUCCCUGUGAUCACUUUGACUGCCAGAAUGGAGCGCAGUGCAUUGAGAUUGGUAAUGAACCUGUUUGUCAAUGCCUACAUGGUUAUGAAGGUGACAAGUGUGAAACAUUAGUCAGCGUGAACUUUGUGAACAGAGAUUCUUACCUACAGAUUCCUUCACCAAACGUACACAUGCAACCCAAUAUCUCUCUCCAGGUUGCUACAGAUGAAGACAAUGGCAUUUUGCUGUACAAAGGAGACAAUGAUCACAUAGCAGUGGAGCUCUUUCGUGGGCGAGUACGUGUCAGCUAUGACACAGGUGUAUAUCCAGCAUCUGCCAUUUACAGUGUGGAAACAAUUAAUGAUGGCAACUUUCACAGUCUGGAACUGGUGGCAGCUGAUCAAAUGUUGAGCUUGGUGAUUGAUGGAGGAAACCCAAAGAGCAUCAACAAUCUAGCCAGACAAUCCACACUUAACAUCGACUCCCCUCUCUACAUUGGAGGUAUGCCCUCUAAGGCCAACGCUGCUGCUUUGCGUCAAGGGCCAGGCCGGAACAGUACCAGUUUCCAUGGCUGCAUCCGCAACUUGUACAUCAACAAUGAGCUGCAGGAUUUCAAGAAAGUCCCGAUGCAGACAGGCAUCCUGCCAGGCUGUGAGCCCUGCCAGAAGAAGAUGUGCCAGCAUGGCACCUGUCACUCUAUCGGGCAGUCCAGCUUCACCUGCGAAUGUGAGGGAGGUUGGACUGGGACACUUUGUGACCAGCAAACCAAUGAUCCAUGUCAGGGCAAUAAGUGCGUGAAUGGCAUUUGUGUGCCCAUCAAUGCCUUCUCAUAUAGCUGUAAGUGCCAGCUGGGUUUCAGAAAUGUGCUGUGCGAUGAGGAAGAGGAGCUGUUUAAUCCUUGUCAGAACAUCAGAUGCAAACAUGGAAAAUGCAGGCUUUUGGCUCUGAGCCGGCCUUACUGUGAAUGUAAUAGUGGUUACACUGGGGAGAACUGUGACAAAGAAAUCUCCUGUCGAGGGGAACGCAUCCGAGAUUACUACCAGAAACAGCAAGGCUACGCCGCGUGCCAGACAGCCAAAAAGGUCUCGCGGUUAGACUGCCGAGGUGGAUGUGACAACGGGCAGUGCUGCGGACCUCUGAGAAGCAAGCGGCGGAAAUACAGUUUUGAAUGCACUGACGGCUCUUCAUUUGUGGAGGAGGUGGAGAAGAUUGUGAAAUGCGGCUGCUCACACUGUUCUUUCUAAAAGCUUCAAACGCUCGCCCCUUUCCAACACAAUGUGCGCCUGGUGACUGUGUGGGACAUAUGUUGCUUUCGUGCUGGAGAUAUUUGAAUUAUAUUGUAAAAUACAGAACAGACUUAUUUUUAUUAUCAGAAAAUGACUAUUUUCUUCAUUUACAAAAAAACAUUUCAAGUCCUUUUGACUGAAAGUUGUUGCAAAACACACAAAAUUAUCUGCCAGAAGCCAAACUGGAUUUCGACUUUACCUGACUCAGCAUGAGGAAACUCUCUAUCAUUGACAUCUGGCGGACAUGAGAAAAAGACAAAUCUAUAGCAGGAUUGUGCCACUGAAGAAGAUGUCUGCACGACUUUGAAACAGCAUCAUGUAUUUAACUGUGCUAUGAGGAAAUGAAACAAAGGAUGUGCAUCAAUGAAGAAGACGUGGAGCUUCCGCUGUCAUUUUAUAUCUUGAUUACGUGAACAGCAGUUUUUCUUUUCCCCGAUAUAAUGUAUACGUUAGCAUAAUCGAGCUUACAAAGUGUUUUAGCAAGCCUUGUUUCCAGUAUUAAUUCUUUGUAAUAUAACUAUAAAUGGGGGACUAUACAACAGAUAGAGAAUUGAUGUAUGGAUUACUUAGUUGGAUAAAGUUUUGUGGUUUUCUUUUGAAAUGAGUUUAUGCAGUAUUCAAAAUAUCAUUAAGAAGUAUUUAUUGUAUCAAGAAAAACUUGUACCUAACUUUGCUAGAACUUCUCUUUCACUCCAUUUUUGAAUCUUUAAUAUAUAUUAAUUUAUAUUUCGUCCUCAUAUUUUUGUAUGUUAAAAAAAGAUUGCAGUUUUUUUUAUUUGGGGGGGAAUAGAGUAACUAACAUUCUAGCAUGUCCACUCGGGGUGAAUUGUCUUGUUAACUUUUUGAUCAGUUGUGUCUCCUGUACUUUUGACCAAUGACAUUGCUUUGGUUUACAAAGCCUGGGAAAUAACCUCAGCCUAACGGUGUCAGAUGUAACGAUCCAGUGCAUAUUUUGUGAAAUUCGGCUGAAUUUGUACGUUUACCAGUGAAAUAAUGAUCUCCUUGACAAACUCCA